AUGGAAAAAUCUAAUAUAUCAUGUAAAAAUAAUUCGCGUGGGACGAAAUUUGCUAUUUUCUUUGCAAAUGAUAUUAGCAUGAUUGCUUCAAAGUCAUCUUGUGGUAUCGCGACAUCUUUCAUUCGUUCCAACUUGUUGCGCCUUCGUUGCUUCGAUCCGUCUUACUCAACCAAUUCUUCGUUAAACAUGCAAGUGUACACCAAUCCUGUCUCGAACCUUGUUGUGGGUGUUAAAUUAUUUUCUCUUACAUCGAGUGGCCUCGUUCUUGCUGCUCAACCUUUCCUCUUUUCAAAGUUUGCUACCAUGGCAAGUUUCGCACCGUUUCUCAUUUCUAGUCUCUCAUUUGCUGCCCUUACCCCUGCCAUUCUUCACGUAUUAACUCGUUCCUGUGUUUUCAAAAUCAACUACAAUUCUCAAACAGGCCGAUUCACGGCUUACACGAAGACCAUUUUCCUUCGGCCCAAAAAGGUUGAAUUCAGUCUGGAAGAGGUCUCCUAUUCUGUCGCCAGUCUGUGCUUUGCCAAUAUGACUGUAAAUAAGAAGACUACCCUCCUAGUACUUGAAUCUGGUUUCAACCCAUCAAGUUCCAAUAAACUGUUUUACGAACUCUUGCCAUUUUCUACUUGUGUUUCUGAAAGCAGUUAUCAGAUUAAACAUUUAAUUCAAUUUUCUGAACCAAUUAAACUUCUUUGGAUUCAUUUUAUGAUUUUUAAACAACUGUUGAUUUGGAUACUGAAAAAUAAAUUCACUUUUUAUUUGUGUGCUUUUUACGUUUUCCUCUCUCGACCAGAUGGGUAUGAACCGAUCACAUAUUCUCGAAUCGAAAAUACAAAAAUUUAUUUUUUUAUGUCUUCUAAAGAGCGGGAAUUGUAUAUCUGGAUUGCCGUUAAAACCAAUCAAACUUUCCUCCUCGCAGUAAAUAGACUUGAUGUUAAGGCAGUACUAAGAUGGAAAGCAUCUUACAAGUUUCUUAAGAGUCCCUCGGAGAAAGUAUCAGAUUUGACCUCUUGGCCAUUGGCUGAAAAAAACGAUUUUGACGAAAGUCUUACUUAUGGUUUAUGCAUAAUCAUUUUUUAA